UAGAUCAAAAAUUUUAGCUCUUUUUUUUAUUUUGCGCCCACUUUGGACAAAAAAAACCCCAAGAAAAUGUAUUUCGCUUGGAACUCGCCUUUCACUCGACAUAGUUUAACUCUCCAAUUUACAAAUUGGUCUCUUUAUAUUAACCAUACUCACAACCUUCUUUCACGAAUACACUCACAAACAUGGGCAACCAGCACGAACACGGGGUGGCUAUGGACAACAAGCUCGACGUGAUCAGAACCCAGGCCGAUCAAGUGCGCGAGUUGGUAGACAAGCUACGCGAGCGGGUAGAGGAUGGCGAGCUGGCAACCGGCGACGGAAUCAGCUUUCUUGAAGUGAAGCACCACACAAUGCUUUCGUAUAUUUCAAACCUGGCAUACCUCUCUCUGCUCAAACUUCAUGGCAAACCCAUUGAGAACCACCCGGUUAUCUCCCACUUGAUUGAGGACAGAACUGUACUCGAGAAGAUGAAGCCUCUGGAGCAGCGGCUCAAGUACCAGAUUGACAAGCUGCUCCGUGGCGCCGUUGUAGCUGCCAAUGGCCCCAGCGCAGUUAUCAAGGCGCCUUCCAAGCUUCAUACUACCGACGAUCCUGAGAUGGCGCCUGCCGCCGAUGACAGCGCCAAGCUGGCUGCAGCAAUGCUGGGCGACGAUGCUCUGACCAACCCCUCGGCGUUCAGGCCGAAUCCUGGAAGCCUUGCCAAAGACAUCCGCAACGAGGAUGAUGAAUUGGCCGCGGAUGAUGGCGUGUACAGGGCUCCCAAGCAGGUGCCGGUGCACUACGAGGAGGAAGGAAACCUGGCGGCUAAGCGCGAGAAGGCCGAGCAACGCAUGAUGGAUCGCGCCUCACGCUCGCGUCUGGUUCGUGACCUGAUGACGCAGUACGAUGAUCGUCCAGAAUUGGCAUCAGCGUCGGGUAACCCUGCCAGGGCCCUGGUGGACACCCGCAUGGAGCGGCUGGCCGAAGAUGCAUCGCGCUACGAGGAAGAUAACUUCAAGCGGCUGUCGAUGGCGAAGAAGGAGCGCAAGGGUAUGCGCUCAAGAAUUGUUGAGCUCGAGGACGAGUUCUCGCAUUUGAACGACUUUGCCGGUAUUGCGUCGCUGCAAAAGGCGUCGUCUGGAUCUGCAUCGAAGGCCGCUAUUCUGGAUAGGCUGAAGCAGAAGAGGGAUAACGAGAGUCCGGCUGAAAAGGCUAAGCGCAGGAGAAGAGGCGGCCAGGGCAGCGAUGACGAGCAGGGAUUUGCGGCGAAGAGCAUGCACCAGAACAAGCGCGGCAAGUUCCAAAAGGUCAAGGGCGGUAUGAAGAAGCGCUAAAAACAUAUUUAUUUUGCAAUUGCUGUUCAAUAAUGG